CGUAGCUAGUGGUAAGACGGUUUCUGAUUCACUCUACUCGUUUCAAUCUCGCACCUUGCGGAUACAUUGAGAUUGACGAAAGGAUGCUGGGUGGUGGGUUGUUUGCGUUCGCUUAGUCUUGAACUUGAUGUGGCGCGGCUCAGACGUUUCGUCAUCUGUCUAUCGGCAAUCAGUUUGUCUACUUCAACGGGUUAAGGUUUCGUUCCAUGUCCGAGGAGUUAAGGAACGGCCACUUGAGUGAGGGAUUGAAUAAUUUCACGGUACGAUUUUACAGUUCGGGUUGAAAUCAGGAAGGAGGAAAGAAGUGUAAAUUACUUCUUCGAUUGAAAGAGUGGAACCUUGUACGGAAUGUGAUUUUGUUUGUGGAAAGUUCUGUUAACAACGUAACGUAGAAUAAUGAUAAGAGGUGUGAUAAACGAGCGCACGUGUAAAACGGUAGUUAUUUCGUGAAGUGGAUACUAAAUCGUAAAUCGUGCACAAGUAUGAACAAAUUUAGUUAACUAGUGGUUAACUGCUUGAAAGUAAUGAAGAAGUUGUGUCAUCAGAAAAAAUUUUAAAGAAAUUUGUGUGAAAAAUAAAAUUGAUGAGCCACAAACGGCAGAUUAAAAUCAAAACAGAUUAAACCGAAACAAGUGAACAAACGUUCGUGAAAUGUGAGUAAUUAUCCUGUUAUUAUACUUGACAUAAUUAUGUCCCUAGUGUUGUCAAAUGGGGACUGCAAAAAUACACACCAUUGUAAGUUCUAUCGUCGCUAGUAAUCGAUAUAUAUAUUUCCGCAAGUCAAGUCGGGAGGGAUAACAAAAGUGCAGAUUCAUGGUGAUCUCCAUCGAUGGAAAAAAUAUUCAUAACCAUGUUUCAACCAAUUUGUGGAAAUUGAAAAAGUUAAAAGUCGAUUAUUCAACUGUCGGCAUCGAGUCGCCCAAGGAUUUAUUUGUUCGGAAACAGAGUGAAAUAUUGUGCAAACUUAUAAACCAUACUGCGUCCCCAUCGAAAGGCAGUCGAGCUGUCAUCGACGAUUACUGCGAACAAGCGGAAAACUUUUUUCUUACCAAGAUCCUAGAAGCGAUUUAAUCCGUGUACGAAUAUUUCUUACCACACCUUCUUUUGUAAGUGCAGCCAUCGAAUGAAGCAGAAGCAAAAGUAAGAUUUUACUUUCGCACCGGGAUUACUUCAUAAAUUACAUUAUAAUGUGCACCAAUCCUCCAUCACAAUAGGCAUCUACAUUGGUGCAGUCUUUUAGAGCAACAACUGCAAUGAUGGCAUCCGUGAAACCUACGACUCAAUGGUUUACUAUCCUAGCACUGUUCACCGCGCUGGGUUUGGGCAAUGUCCAGUUUGGUGGUGCCGACAGUGCUAGUGCUACCAAUCAACACCGGAUGUUCCAUCAUUCCGCUAACGCUGGUCCUAGCUCGAUUGUCUAUCCCGAUGGCUCGAUGAAACGGACGUUGAUUUAUCCUAACACAAGAAGCUCACCAGGACCAGUUAUACAGGAACAAACAGAGAAUAUGAUAAAAAACAUAUCAACCAACCGAAAGCCAUGGGCUCUGGCAAAGCGCGAUACUGCCCACGUGACAUCAUCCGUCAGACGGCGGUCGGAACUGGUAACGGGUGAUUCAUCAUCAACGGUCGAGACGAACUCGAUUCCGGUUCCUUCAGCCACGGCAGGAUUUUUGAAUUUUAAUGGUGCAAUUUGCAGAAACGAAAGCAGUUUUCCAACGUCCACUGGAACUUGUCAGUCGCCGAAUGCCACAAAACCGUUGGAGAGCGGUGAUGAUCAAACCGCCUCUCCGUAUUACACCAUCGUUAAUUUGGACCAUCAUAACGACGUGCUGUGCGACCAGGAAUAUGAUGCCGAGGAAUAUAACGAGAAUUGUUUCAUCGAUCACAACGUCACCUGCGUUGGGGAUCCGUUGUACUGCAAUUUGACCUACGAUGAGUACCGACAGCUACUGAUGGACUACAUCUAUCCGUCGACAGGCGAGUGGAUCUUGAUCGCAUCACACUCUGUUGUGUUCAUAAUAGGACUGGUGGGCAACGCGCUAGUCUGCAUCGCAGUGUACACUAAUCACACGAUGCGCACGGUAACCAACAUCUUCAUCGUAAAUCUAGCGGUGGCGGAUUUCUUCGUAAUACUGUGCUGCUUGCCGCCGACCGUCGUUUGGGAUGUAACCGAAACAUGGUUCCUGGGCCAAACCAUGUGCAAGGUCAUCAUCUACUUUCAGACGGUGUCGGUGACGGUAUCGGUGCUCACAUUAACAUUUAUCUCCAUCGAUCGGUGGUACGCGAUUUGCUUUCCCCUGCGCUACAAACCCCGACCGGAGCGUGCCUGGCGGUCCAUCGCCGUUAUCUGGCUGAUUGGCUUCCUUUCGGACCUUCCGGAGUUCCUAGUUUUGACAACUCGUAGAAAAAAGCUACGCUUCGACAUUAAAUUGUUCACCCAAUGUGUGGCGACCUGGGAUAAGGAAAAAGAGAAAACGUUCUACAUCAUCAAAUUUGUGUUCCUUUACUUAUUACCACUUAUAUUCAUGACGGUUGCGUACAUUCAAAUCAUUCUGAUACUCUGGAGGUCCGACACCAUUCCAGGCCACCGAGAGUCCCGGACACAACCUUGUGGAAUCCAUAGCACCAGAUCUACGCUGAAUUGUGUGGGAAAUACCAGCACAAUGGGACAGCUCCGAGCCCGCCGGAAAGCAGCAAAAAUGUUGGUGGCCGUCGUCAUCAUGUUUGCCGGAUGCUACUGUCCGGUUCAUAUGCUAAAUGUGGCUAGAUACUCAUUCAAUAUCGGCCAAAAUGACAUCGUGGCCGUUUUGUCCCUGCUCUCGCAUUGGCUCUGUUAUGCCAACAGUGCUGCCAAUCCUGUGAUUUAUAAUUUUAUGAGUGGUAAAUUUCGGCGGGAGUUCAAGAACGCGCUAGAGAAGUGUCAAUGUCUACGCAAUCCCCGAGGGCUGGGCGGCCGAGUCGGGGGACACGAAGACCGAUCAAUGUAUCACACGGCAACUCGGAUGAAUAUGAGCCCUAGUACCAGAAGUAACUGCCACAUGACCAGUGUAAGGAACAUUAGCAUUAAGAACACUCAGCAAACAUCAUUCAACGGAAGUCGCCAUCUGCACAACCGGAACUGUAUCAACCAUGCGGGCAGCUUAACCACACAGCGGACCUCCCCGGUUUCAACGGAAGAACAUCUAGCCCUCACUAAGAACGUGGAUGGUUAUGAGCAGUCCGUUGGAACAUCGAUUGCCAACCCCAUCCCUACCAACAACAACGGUAGUGGUGAGCCUACAAAAAUUACGACUGAUAAUUACACGAACAACAAUAACACAAUCGGCAACAGUAACAAUCUUCAUAAUUAUCAUCAACAGCACGAAAAUGGUUCGACAAAUGAAAGCACCACGAGUCCCUCCCCAAUCAUGACUGUAAACAGAUCGAGUACCAGUCAGAUUGAUGGCACUUGACCAGCAAAACUGACCGUUUCCUGGAAAAAGAACCGUUCGAAUGAGGCUGGGGGGUCCUCAGGAAUGCAGUUAAAUUAAUUUAUUGUUUAGCUGAUUAUUUCAGAUCAGAUUAUUUAAAAUGGAAAAUUUUUUUAUGAACUUUGACUAAACUGAUUUCCAACUGGUUUCUAUUACUGUUCAUAGAGUAAUAAUGUAAUUUGAUUUUCUACUCCAACGUUGGAAAUAUUUCGACCAGAUUUUUACCGGUAAAAAAAACGCACAAUGCAAAAUCUUCGACUUAGGCAAUCCCAUUUCAGUAGGAGUGUUAACCACCCCCCCUGGAAGAUUUUUCAACAUUAAGUUACAUUAACAAUAGAGUACUUAGUAUAUAAAACCGCAAAUUACUUUACAAUUCCUACUUUGUUCACAGAACUUGUUUACAUUGUCAAUAAUGUGUCUGACCUUUUGAAGACACACCCUCCCCCUCCCCUUUUGAACCCCCCUUGACACCCCCUCCCUUUUGAACCCCUCUUGAAUGACUCCUACGCACGAGCCUGUUUUGGAUUCUUUAAUAAUUGCGAAAUUCCAAUCCACUUUGUACCGAGAUACGAUUUAAUCCUUUUGUCAUUAGCUUAAGAAGGAUUAUUGUUUUGACGAUCGUUUUGUUUCAAUAGCUUUAAUGUAUUUUCAUACAGUAAUAAACUGUAAAAAAUAUUCACAAGAUACAAUGAGACAGAUUCCAGAUAAUGAAUCUCUGUCAUCAAGUAGACCCACGCUAUAGAACUUGUAUAAUACAAACUAUCCUUGGAACAAGAAAAAAACAAAUAUCUAUUUGUAAUCAGCCAACACUACACUUAGCUAUAGCUCUGUACUCUGUGAAAUGGGUGUAAUAAUGCCAAACUAAAAAAAACACAAAGGCAAAUCCAACCGACACAACUAUUUCAGACAGGCAAGCCCUUCUGACCUACAGGCACUAUGAAAAAGAAUCUAUAGAAAGGAAACAGAAAAAUGGUUACAUUUUCCAUGACGGUUGAAUCACUUGACUUAUUCUGAAAUUCUGUUGAAAUGUAUCCGGACAUUCUGUAACAAAGCCAGCAUGUUCAGCUAGGGUAAAAUUCUCUGUAAAUAGUGUAAAUCUACCACAAUUGAAUAGGUAACCGUUAGAGUAAGAUUUCUGCUUCCACAUUUCUCCCUCCAUAAUUAGAUCGAGCUGAGUGUGAUCCAGUAAUAGCAAAGCCGCGAUUUGAAACGUGACUUCUUCGUUAAGUGAAUAUAAAUCUACUAUGUUAUGAUUCUGUAAGACAAAAUAUAUUGCCACUGAUUUUAUACAACGAAAACAAUCCCAUAAUCGAAACAAAAUAUUGAAUAACUAAAUUUUCUGGUGUACUUUAUAUGUUUGUUUAUUAGAAUCAUGGAAAACAUGACUGUGAUGGAAAAACAACAAAUAUAUAAAUUUUUCAGUGAAACUAUCUCUAAUUCGGAUGUUACCAAUGUUACAGAAAUAAUGUACAUUUGAUUAUAGAUUAGAUUUUCUAAUCAAACAUAAAAUUCAAUUCGAUCAAUAAGACUCUUAACUGUAACAUAGAAAUUUUUAAAAUUGGUGUAAAAUGUUUCUUGCGAAAGAUGUUUUACUUCGUAGUUUAUUCUAUUACUGGACCUCUGUAUAUAAGUUUGAUACUACAAUAAGAGAUGUAUGUAUGUGUGUAUGUAUGUUUGGAUAUAUGUACGUAUGUAUAUAUGAACGGCUAAAUGUAAAAGUCGAAUAAGUGCAACUUAUUUUUAGUGCAGAAACCGAACAAAAACUUAACCGGUUCUUCCAAAACAAAUACUUUCAUUUGGAUUUUGUAUUCAAAAAUACUUAAAUGAUUUUUUCAAACUGAUUAUUUGUAGUUAUCUAAUUUGUAAUUAUGUAA